UCCCUUUUCCUCCAAUUCCCUCCUCUGCUCGCACCAAAUUCGUCCCCAAUUUUUAGGGCUACUACGUCAAAUUCGCCGCUUCCACUCAUAUUUUUCUUAGUUUCUCUUUGGUAGUGAGGGAUCACAAAAUUGCUGAGAUGAUUUCUACUAUUCCUAAAUUCCAAAUCCUUGUAAACUUUGUCCAUCUCAGAAAUUAGAUAGGAAGCAACAAGACUUGACAUGCUUACUCUCUUGCGAUGGGUGAACGCUCAGAGAUCAACAGACCAGAAAAUAAAGGGAUUGCUUCUGCUUUGAAUUUGUUGGAGGAGUCAAAGAAGGUUAUAGAUUCAAAUUUUAAAGGUGGACCAAUCUCAUAUGCAGAUCUACACCAAUUUGCUGAGUUACAACAUGAAAGUGAGUUAUCUAUCAUGACUUGUGCUGGUGAAUCUAGUUUUUACAGGAAAGGACACUGUUUUAAAACAAUCAUGAAUGACAUUGAUCAAGGUGGAAUUUGAUGACUAUAUGUUUUAUCUUUUUCAUAUGUAAAUGCAUAAAAUGUGCAAUAACACAUUAUGUAUAGGAGAAUAUCUUUGGUUGACUUUUUAGUGGUAGACCUUUGAUAUUUCGAUUCAAGGAAUGUUUUUGGUGCAUUCCGUAGUAAUAUUGGAUGCGUUUAAUAUGUAUAGAAAUACACCUACAUAUUUAUUUUAGAA